CAAAAGUUAUCUAUCCCUCCUUUGUCAAACGCAUUGUAAAAAGUUCACAGCCUUCAACUUAUAUUAUCAAUCGCGCCUAAUAUUGUGAUCGCAUUGAGACCUGUAAGAAGAAGAAAUAAACAAAAUGAAUGGAGCAAGAAUUGCCUCUGGAUUGAUUAGAGAAAGCUGUUGUAGGAAGCUCAGGCCAAACCGUUUUUCACCCAGAAAUUGCUACUGCACUACGCCUUCUACCAAUCUUCCUCCUCGGCCUCCUCCACGAUUCCCUCAUUCUUCAAAAAAGGGAAUGUUGUUUACCGGAGCUACCAUUGGUCUAGUAAUAGCAGGAGGAGCUUAUGCUAGUACAGUGGAUGAAGAAACUUUCUGUGGCUGGCUAUUCUCGGGAACAAAACUUGUAAAUCCCUUUUUUGCACUUCUGGAUCCUGAGGUAGCCCACAGACUGGCUGUUUCAGCUGCUGCUCGGGGGUGGAUCCCUGUAGAGAAAAGAGAAGACCCCAUUGUAUUAGGCCUUGAAGUUUGGGGGAGGAGGUUCUCAAAUCCUCUAGGCCUUGCUGCUGGUUUUGACAAGAAUGCCGAGGCUGUUGAAGGUUUACUUGGGUUAGGCUUUGGCUUCGUGGAGGUUGGCUCAGUCACACCCAUUCCUCAGGAAGGCAAUCCAAGGCCUCGUAUCUUCAGAUUGAGGGAGAACGGUGCUAUAAUAAAUAGGUGCGGCUUCAAUAGUGAAGGAAUUGUGGCUGUAGCGAAGCGGUUAGGUGCUCAGCAUGGUAAGAGAAAGUUGGAAACUUCCAGCACUUCGUCUCCAGCAAGGGAUGAAAUCAAACAGGGAGGGAAAGCCGGUCCUGGAAUUCUUGGGGUUAAUCUGGGAAAGAAUAAGACGACAGAAGAUGCUGCUGCUGAUUAUGUUCAAGGAGUUCAUACAUUAUCUCAAUUUGCGGACUAUCUCGUGGUUAACAUCUCUUCACCAAACACUCCUGGACUGCGCCAACUCCAGGGAAGAAAACAGUUAAAAGACCUUGUGAAGAAGGUACAAGCAGCACGAGAUGAAAUGCAGUGGGGUGAAGAAGGUCCACCUCCGCUGCUUGUAAAAAUUGCUCCAGACCUGUCUAAGCAAGAUCUUGAAGAUAUUGCAGCAGUUGCUAUUGCUCUUCGUGUGGAUGGAUUGAUAAUAUCAAAUACAACCAUUCAAAGACCUGAAACUGUGAGUAAGAACCCCGUGGCUUCAGAAUCUGGUGGCUUGAGUGGAAAGCCUCUUUAUGAGCUAUCAACAAAUAUUCUCAAAGAUAUGUAUAUUCUAACAAAGGAUUCCUUUAAUUGGCUGUGGAGGUGUCAGCAGUGGUGAAGACGCGUACAAGAAAAUACGAGCUGGUGCCACUCUUGUGCAGCUCUAUACAGCCUUUGCAUAUGGAGGUCCUGCACUUGUACCCAAGAUAAAGGCUGAGCUUACCCAAUGCUUGGAAAGGGAUGGUUAUAAGACAAUCUAUGAGGCAAUUGGAGCAGAUUGUCGAUAGUUUUAAGAUAUACAUAUUGCUCUAAAACAGUGCAAUAAAAUCUAGUUGCUCAAAGUCUGUGUUGUGAUUUUAAUUUAUCAGUUUCUUUUGAGGUAUGCCCUAGUGGAAGAGGUUGAUUUUGUGGUGCAAAAUUUAUAACUUCACAUAAAUAGCACUGUCCAUUUGGUCAAGUUUUAUGAUCAAGGACUUUGAUUUUGUAAAUUCAAAUGCUAUAUUUAAUUUAUUCUAUCUGACUCGAACUAAUCUUUAUCAUAUGCCAACGAUAUAAUGUGUUGGCAUAUGUUAUAACUAGGGAUGGAUUGGGCGGGUCGGCCUGACCCGACCUCGGUAAUGUUUAGGCCCGGCCCGGCCCGGCCCAUUAUUGUAUAGGUCCGGUCCCGUCCCAGGGCCUGGCCCGGUGGCUAUGAGGGCGGGCUUUGGGAUCGAUUUUUUUGGGCCCGACUGGAAGCUUCAGAUGAAGUCUUUUUUACGAGAAUAUGAGAUUUCUUAUACGAUGAAGUCUUUUUUUAAUGAUGAAGUCUUUAGACAAAGAAUUUGUCUGCUUCCUUUUAGAUAUCUGAAGGUUUUUAUUAAUUACAUAUUACAUAUAGCAAUUAUAUCCUCACACUAAAAGAAUCUUUUACGUGAAUGUAACUUUAAUGUAGUACUAUUUGAGUAUUUGAUCAUGAAAAUUGAUAUCAUUUUUCGUUAAUGAAUAUAGCCAUAUAGGACAUUUGUCUUUUCAUUUUUCGUUGUGUAGUUUGAUAUGUUUAUGUUUCAAUUAUUAGCUACCACUUGAUGUGAGACCUUGACCUUUUUACUGAUUUAAUUCUUCUUACUAUCAAGGUAAAAAUUGUCUACUAAAAAUCUAAAGCAUGCAACCUUUUUUUCUGCCACUGUCAAUCAUGUUAUGUAGCUUGUUCAAGCCACCAUCAUCUUCAUUCAAAUCAGAAUUUCACAAAUUAUAUAUUCUAACUAUUUUUCUAAAGAAAGAGAUCGAAAGACUAAUUUACUAAAUUCUAAAUCCUAGAACGGCUAUUAUCUUAAAAGAAAUUGACUACACCCAUUAUUAAAUGAAAUAAAUGAGUAGUUCAUCAUUUUCAUUUACCCCAGUGCCGCAAAGGCUCCCACCUACGGUGGGGUAAGGGGGGG